CCCCAUAAAAAGAAAGAAGAAGAAGGCGGCUCUCGCGCGUGCGCAGUGAGUCCUCAGAGUCGGGAGCAGAAAGAAGAUGGCGGCGCCCGUAGACCUGGAGCUGAAAAAGGCCUUCUCCGAGCUGCAGGUGAAGAUGAUCGAUACGCAGCAGAAAGUCAAGAUGGCCGAUCUGCAGAUCGAUCAGCUGACGCGCGUUCAGAAGCACGCCAAACUGACGCACGCCGAGAUCGCCACGCUGCCCGACAACACGCGACUCUACGAGGGUGUGGGACGCAUGUUCAUCCUGCAGUCCAAGGAGGAGAUCAACAACCUGCUGACAGACAAACAGAAGACGGCUGACGAGAAGAUCAAAGAGUUGGAGCAGAGGAAGGUGUACCUUGAACGCAGCGUGAAGGAAGCUGAGGACAACAUAAGAGAGAUGCUGCUGUCCCGGAGAGCCCACUGACCAUCAUCAUCAUCACACACACUAUAAUUACACUGUAAUACACACACACACACACACACACACACACACACACACACUGUUUCCCGUGUGAGUUUUUCACAAUAAAAGCUUGAAGACGCUC